AUGGAUAUUGGUACAUCUUCUGCACGGUCCUCCGGCCCACUUGAACGGGAUCCUGCCUUUCGGGUGAUUAUAGUCGCUAAGGAAACAGGUCUAGGUCUGAAGAUCCUAGGCGGCAUUGACAGGAAUGAAGGACCAUUGGUAUAUAUUCACGAAGUCACUCCUGGAGGCGACUGUUACAAGGAUGGACGUUUGAAGCCAGGAGAUCAGCUUGUCUCCAUAAACAAGGAAUCUAUGAUUGGUGUAUCAUUUGAAGAAGCAAAAAACAUACUUACCAGAGCCAAGUUGAGGUGGGAAUCUCCGUGGGAGAUAGCAUUUAUCAGACAGAAGUCUUACUGUGGUCAUCCAGGAGACAUUUGCUGUCAGUCCCCACCAGUGUCAGAAGACUGUGAACCUCCAACCUCAGCAUUUAAUCUUCUUUCCUCUCCCGCUGGAACACUAGUUCCAAAGACUUCAUCCACUCCCAAGACUCAGGACUCCAUUUUACCCUCCUGUACAGUAAUUCAGACUCAACCUGAACACAAUAAAACAGAGUAUACUACGGUUACUUCUUUGAACAACAACCCUACAGAUACAUCUAAUGCAGACAUUGCUCCAGCCUGGACUGAUGACGCUUCUGGACCACAAGGAAAGAUUUCCCUAAAUCCUUCUGCUCGCCUUAAGGCAGAGAAACUGGAAAUGGCUCUCAAUUACCUCGGUAUACAGCCAACAAAGGAACAGAAUGAAGCCCUGAGACAGCAAGUCCAGGCCGACUCAGAGGGGACUGUGUCUUUUGGGGAUUUCGUCCAGGUUGCCAGAAAUUUGUUCUGCUUGCAGUUGGAUGAAGUAAAUGUUGGUGACCAUGAACUCCCCAGCGUCUUAGACUCACAGCUUCUCCCCUGUGAUUCUCUAGAAGCAGAUGAAGUGGGAAAACUGAGACAAGAGAGAAAUGCUGCUCUGGAAGAACGGGAUGUGCUUAAGGAGAAAUUACUCGAAUCAGAGAAGCACAGGAAACAAUUGAUAGAAGAACUCCAGAAUGUGAAACAGGAAGCCAAAGCCGUAGCCGAGGAAACACGAGCUCUGCGAAGCCGGAUUCAUCUUGCCGAAGCUGCACAGAGGCAGGCACGUGGGAUGGAAAUGGAUUAUGAAGAGGUGAUCCGUCUGCUAGAGGCUGAGGUCUCAGAACUAAAGGCCCGGCUCGCUGAUUAUUCUGACCAAAAUAAAGAAAGUGUCCAAGACUUGAGAAAGAGAGUCACAGUUCUUGACUGCCAAUUGCGAAAAUCAGAGAUGGCUCGGAAAACAUUUAAGUCGUCCACUGAAAGGCUCCUUCGUUUUGUAGAGGCUAUUCAAGAAGUACUUUUGGACAGUUCUGCUCCUUUAUCAAAUUUAAGUGAAAGAAGAGCUGUGCUUGCCUCUCAGACCUCGCUUCCGCUGCUGGGAAGGAACGGACGCAACUUCCCAGCACCCCUGCUUCUGGAAUCCAAGGAGCUUCUUAGAUCUGUCCGUGCCGUACUUGAUAUGGACUGCUUACCUUACGGGUGGGAGGAAGCUUACACAGCAGAUGGAAUCAAGUACUUCAUCAACCACGUGACACAGACCACGUCCUGGAUCCACCCCAUGAUGAGUGUCCUGAACCUGUCCUGCGCAGAGGAGAGUGAAGAGGACUGUCCCAGAGAGCUAAGGGAACUGAAAAGCUGAUGAGUUUCCACGGGCAACGGAGCUCCAGAGACUUCCGACGUUUCAAUAUAUAUGCACAACCAGAUGCACGACACCACACCCUGAGACACAGGACUCCAGCACAUGCUACCAGGCCGGGUGUCGAGUUGAAACCGUGGUAUUUUUGUGUACAUGCUAAGGAUCAGUUGUCACUAUAGUAGUUGUUUGAAAAUAAUCUAGUCAUAUAUAGUCAGAUUUUAUAUGCAUAUAUCUUCAUUUAUAUUUAGAUCUUUAUAAUUCAAUGUAUAGUUCCUUGUUUGGUAUAAGAUACAAUGGUUCGUACAGCAACACUUUAUAUUGAAAGGUUAUAUGAACAUAGCGAACAUUCUUGAUAACUCCCCCUCUCUCCUCACAGCGUAGGAAAGAAUUCUGAGGAAGCUAGGGGAGGGCGCCCAACCCCUAUCCCAUUACCUGCUGAUUGCAACUCUUGGGUUUUGGGGUGUUU